AUGGAGAUCCAAAACCCUUUUCAGAUAAGUUGGGAUAAAACAGCAGCUCAAUCGUUUCACGAUUACUUUUUCUCGAAAAUCUCUUCUCAUGGAAGUAACCUGGCAAUUGUGAGUUCGUGUAUCAGUUUCUGGUGAAAAUCAUUCUUGAAAAUAGGUUGAUGUGGAUACUGGGAAGCAAUGGAGAUACUCGGAAAUACGCAACUGGUGUGAAAUGUGUGCUACACGUCUGAAAGAACUUCAGGUAACAGGAAAACAAAUUCUGGUUUAGAAUAUUAUUUUUUCAGGUUACCGCAGGCAGCAGAGUAGCGGUAAUCACUGGAACAACUGGCCAAGCAAUUUUUGUUCAUCUCGCGUGUUCAAUCAUCGGAUGCUCGGCCGUUGCAGUUAAUGGAUGGAGUACGGUUGGUAAGUCAAUCAGGCCACCGGUUAUAUUGUGAAUGACUAUUUAUAGAUGAGAUUUGGACAUUGAUUGAUCUGUCAGAAACCACGCACCUGAUAGUGGAACAUCAGUUCAUGCAAAAAGCGGAUGAUGUCCGACGUAAAGCCCAAAUGAGAGGAGGAGGUCGAAUCAAGCACGUGCGGCAGAUUGAAGAUGUUCUGACUGCUGAGAGAAUUAAUGUGGACAGUGCCCGAAAACGGUAUGAUGUUUGCUUGAUGAUGCAUGAUUUGUCAUGAAACAUUUCAGAUCGAUUGAUGUUAAACAAAAGUAAGUCUGCCUCACAUAUGAAUUGAAAUUGAAAUUCCCCGCACGUCGCACUCAAUCAUUUUAUCUUUCAGAGCUCCACUGACCAAAGAAAUGUCGUUGGUCAGAAUGUCAGUGUUUCAAAUGUCAUGAGAAAAUUAUGAGUUUUCAGAAAUGUUGGCGCAAUUCUUGCCGAGGAUGCUAACGACCUGACAUCACCGGUUUCCGAAGUUUCUGGUCAAUCAAAAGUAAAUAGUACAAUACAUUUUUUUUAUAAUAUUUGUAAAGUUCAGGAGUUGAAUGGUGACCUGGAGGGCUCUGCUCCCGAUGGUGAUGACGCUCAGACUCCAAUUCAACAGUUAAGCUUACAGAAUCCAAUGUUGAUUCUAUUCACAAGUGGAACAACAGGUCUUGCUAAGGUUUGGAAAACACAAUGAUAACAUAGGAGCAUCGUAAUUUUCAUAAUUUCCAGGCCGCCGAACUUAGUCAUCGCUCUCUGAUAAUCAACAUUCAGCAGAUAAGCCUGCCAUUGUAUGGCCCAGUACAGGCCAAAGAAAGAUUUUUCUUGCCGCUUUCUAUUGCUCACAUUUAUGGAAUUAUCUCCGCCUACUAUGCACUUAUAAACGGAGCGGCGCUCUAUCUUCUUUCCAAACAAUCGAAUCGACUCUUCAUGGAUACACUCGUCAAUAACCAGGUUGGAACAUAAAACCCAUACUUUUAAAUGUGAAGGGACCGUUCAGAUCAACGUGAUGCACAUCACUCCGGCCACCGUUCACUGGAUGGCCACCGAUGCACUCGUUGAUGAGUACAGAACUCCCAAUCUGAGAAGUGUGCUCUGCGCUGGUGCUCCCAUUGACUCCAACUUGGCAAACGUGAUGAAAAAUCGUAUUAACGUCAAAGAUUUCCGACAAUGUACGUAAUGUCAAACUUUUUAAUGCAAGGUUAAUGAGUUUUAGCAUUUGGAAUGACUGAGCUCGGAGGAAUUUGCACAAUGUCUCCUUAUCAAGACGAUAAAAUUGAAUCUGUCGGAAAUCCACUUCCAGGAAUGCUAUUCAAGGUGACAUUUCCUUUUUUCUUUCGAAAUUUGCAAUUAUAUUUGCAGGUCGUGAACUGGGAAACGAAGCAACUGUGUUCUCCUCGUCAACCGGGCCAGAUUAUCGUGAUGGGUCCUCAAGUUACACCGAGCUACUACAAGAACCCAAAGGCCACUUCUGAAUUGUUUGAUGCUACAGGAUUUGUCAAAACAGGUAAUUUGGACUGAACAAACACAUCAAAUAUUUAAUCAAAUUCGCCAAAUGUUUCUUAAGGAGAUGCUGGUUUUUACGAUGAAGUUGGACGAAUUUAUGUUCUGGACCGUAUAAAAGAUAUUAUCAAAUGCAAAGGAACAAUGGUAACGAAGCACAUUUAACUCUGGACUGAAAGCAACUGAAUUUGCAGAUUUGCCCGUCAGAAGUAGAACUUGUCUUGCGUGCUCAUUCUGGAAUUGACGAUUGUGCUGUGGUAGGGAGACAGGACCAUGUGACCGGAGAAGUUCCCGCCGCUUUUGUCGUCAAAAAUGCUUCUCAUCCUCUUUUAGCUUCCGCCGAAGUCCGGCAAUACGUAUCUGGUACCUUUUUGUUCGACCAGUUAUCUUACCAGUUUCCGUUUUCAGGUAAAAUCGCAACUUUCAAAGAACUGCGUGGAGGUGUCUUUUUCAUUUCCGAAAUUCCAAGAAGUGUUUGUGGAAAGAUAUUGAGAAGGAACUUGCGACAGUUCUGGGAUCGAGAGAGAACAAACUCAAAGGUCAGUUUUCGUUUUCAGAAAAGUAAUUUUGAAGUUUUCAUAUUAUUUCAGGUUGAGAGUCUGACCAACAAAGAAGGUGCGAAAACAGCUGGACCGGCAAAAGCGACCCCCGCGAAGAAAGCGAACGGAUCUUCGACGCCAUCAAAACGUCCGCCAUCUGCCGGAAGACCACCGAAAAAAUAA